GGAAAACACAUAUUUCCGAUGGUCUUAGGAACCGAGACACCGCUCCUCUAUCACUCUCCAGGCGGGUCCGCCCACAUGCAGAUACGUCCACAUUUCCCUGGACCGCGAUGUGUGCGUGGGAUGACAUGCCGCCCCUGUCAUCUGGCCACAACCCCGGGAUCACUCAAGAGCUCCGCCUCCUCGCCAGUGAUUGGCUGCCGGAACUGUAGCUCAGGAGAGGCACACAGGCGGCCAAUCACCGAGGUGGAGCGGAGCAGCAGCGCGAAGAUCAAAGAAGAUCGAGCGAGGGAGCGGCCGGAGAAGGAAGACAGCUGA